AUGCCUCCGCCAUCUGCAAACCAGCAGAAGGUGCUCAUCGCCCAGUUCGUAUCUCUGACUGGCCAAACCGAGCGACAAGCCACCCGCUAUCUGAAGAACGCGGGUUUUAAGCUUAACGAAGCAGUUGAUGCAUACUUUGCGUCCAACGGAGAUAGCAAAGGACCGUCACCAUUGGAGACAAAGUUGGAUUCUUUGUUUGACCAACUGCAAGACACCAAGGAUGAAAAGGAUAAACUCGAAAUUGAUUCCACAAUGUCCUAUCUCGACGAUAAGUUGAAGGUCAACAUGGAAAACGCAGAGUUGCUUGUUGCCCUUGAACUUGUUCAAGCUCCCGCGGUUGGAGUCAUCACCAGAAAAGGCUACGUUGACGGCUGGAAGGUGGCCGGAGCUGGGACAACACACCAGGAGCAUGCUGCCCACAUCCGGAGACUUAUUAAGUCCCUUUCUUCUGAUCAGGCCCUUUUCAGGAAGGUCUACAGACAUACUUUCGUUGCUGGACGAGAGACUGACCAGAAAGCUCUCAGCCUUGAGACAGCCGUCGUAUAUUGGGACAUCCUGUUCAAAUCCCCAGGCAUGGAAUGGAAGACGGCAAACCACAACUGGCUUCAACUAUGGAAGGAUUUCCUGACGGCAAAGUGGACCCGCUCAGUCAACAAGGACAUGUGGAACAUGACCCAUGAAUUUGCUGUCAAAUCACUCUCUGAUGAGUCAUUGUCAUUCUGGAACGAGGAUGGUGCUUGGCCUAGUGUUAUUGACGAUUUCGUGGAAUGGUGUCGCGAAAAGGGCAUCGGUAAGGCCGAUGGAAUGGACGUUGACAACUAG